UGACCUUACGGUCACCCCGCCGCCAUUUUAGGAAGCAAAAAAUGUACAAUGGCGCGGUGGCCUAGGCCUUCUUCGAAUAGGGGGCUUUUAAAAACCAGCUGUUCGGCAAUAAAAUGCACCAAUCGGCAGACAAAAAGACCAGAUUUGUCUUUCUUUAGAUUUCCAUCGAACGAGGAAAGAUGUCUGAAAUGGGUCGAGAACGCCUGUCGGGAAGAUCUGCUGAAGAGACCAAUGUCCUACGUGCACUUGAACUGCCUCUUGUGCUCUCUACACUUUGAAAUUCACCAGUUUACCAACAAAUCUGCCAAAAAUCGUCUCAACUGGAAUGCUGUCCCAACCCUCUUCGAUAAUGUUCCAAAUCCCCCCAAACAUCCGGCGCCUCAACACAGGCCUCUCAAGGAGAAAUAUGAGGUAUCAGAAGUCAAACCUCAGGUAGUCAAAGUACCUUACUCUGUGCGGGCUGAGCAUUCAUACUCCAAAGCUCCUAAACAAACACAAUUAGUCGACUCUUCAGUGGAAUCAUCUGGCACUGCUGACCACACUGAUGUCCACACUGAUGUCCACGCUGACGGCCACACUGAUGGCCACUCUGACGGCCACACUAACGGCCACACUGAUGGCCAAGCUGAUGUACAUACUGAUGGCCACACUGAUGGCCACGCUGACGGCCACACUGAUGGCCCUGCUGACAUACUCACUGAUGUCCACCCUGAUGGCCACACUAACAGCCACACUGACAACCACGCUGACGGCCACACUGAAGGCCACGCUGACGGCCACACUGAAGGCCACGCUGACGGCCACACUGAAGGCCACGCUGACGGCCACACUGAAGGCCACGCUGACGGCCACACUGAAGGCCACACUGAUGGUCGCUCUGACGUCCACACACACAUCCACAGACACGUCCAAACUGACGUCCACACACCUACUAAAAGGGAAAGAAAGCUAAGCAAGCUGCUUAAGAAGGAGCGCCGACGAACUUUCAGACUGAAAAAAAAGGUACGGCUUCUGAAGAAGUCAAUGAAAAAGCUGACUGAAGCUUCGCUGUCGAUUAACCCUCCUGCUACAAACAGUCGCAAAAAGUCAAAACUCACUUCCACUUUCCCUGCUGUGCUUUUAACAAAGGCUAGUCACCAGCAGUCAUAUCGUUUGUCAAGCAAGCACUGUGACUAGUCAACUUGGUCAACAGACAAAGCAGGCAUGUUGUGGUCACAGCUGUUUUAUCACCCACCCGGAGUCAUAUCAAAGCACAGCUGUAUCAAGUUACUUAAACAGUCCAAGGCAGUCAAUCCUGCUUUAUGUGGGCUGGGAAUUCUGAACUCCUUUACACAAUCACUUGUUUGAUCCUGGGUGAGGCAUGCCCAAUACUACUAGCGAGUCCGUAUUUCAUAGUCCUAAAUUCAAACUACACCGGCACAGCAGCAUUCUGCACCACAUCGUGCAGUACGUGCAGCGUGCAUGCCAAUCUCCAUAUAAGGAGUUGUUUACGACUACUCAUGAGAGGAACAUACCAUAACAUAGCAAGAGGGGUGUUUCAAAAACCAUGAAGUAAACUUGUUGGACAAAAUCACAUUUAUGAAUGGGAAUAAAUAUGUGCUUGGCCGGCAUUAAACACUAUGUUUAAGACCGGUUUGGAGUCUGGAUGCUGAUAAUGAUUCGGCUCAGGUCGAUCAUCAAAUCGUACUGUUCACUUGUUCAAUAGGGCUCUCUCAAAGACUGUCAUCUCUGUAGUUGAACUGCAACUGCUGAUUUUUUUUACGCAAUCAAGUACGCAUUGCGCAGUGUUGAAAAUGUUCCAAACACGCGCUUGUUGCUCAAAAUGUGUUCGAAAUACGAAGCAGCCCUUGCGCGUUAUGGAAGUUGACGCUCAAAAUGCCGAUGCACAUUGCUGGUCGGUAGGAAAUGAUGUCAUUUGAGAGAGACCUAUUGGACAACCAAACUGACUAAUAUUGUAAACAAUUUGGAAAAGUGUCGAGCGAAGAAAAAGAUGAAUUGUAGCUGACAAAGCAGAACACCACAACAUGAACAAGAGCUUGGAUAUAUUUUUGUUCACUUUAUUCGGUUUAAUGCCUAAUGUAGAUCCAAUAACACUCCACUUUGGGUACAAUUUUAAAAUUUUAAUUUUUUUAAAGAUAAACGCGUGCCCUGAAGACGUCACUAAAGACUCAUUUUAAGCGAACUGGUUCCAAACAUAAAUGUCACAAAAAUAAGCGGCUCACAGAUACCGCCAUCUUUGUGGUCACGUGGUAUUUUCAGGGGGCAUUCAUUGAAAAUUAUGUCUAGUCAUGCUCGGUAUUGAGAUAGUAUGGUAUGACGGGACGUAAAUUUCCCUGAGAUUACCACGUGACCACAAAGCUUGGCAGUAUUCGUGAAACGGUCCAUGCAUGUGAGAUAAACGUGGUGACAUUCUUCAAUCCGAAAACAAGAAGAGAAUCUGUAAUGAAGGAAAAUGUUAGGGCGCCAUCUAGUAAUUAUACAUGGUCACUGUCAUUUUUACAAAUGAUGGGAUGUUUUCAAACUCCGGUUUGUCUCCAGCUAAGGCUUAGUCGACGUUCCUUAAACUGAACAUGCACCAACAUUGAGCCAGAAUCCCCCAAAUACUGAAAUUCAAUGACCUGUAUAACUUCAACUUGCGUAAAUUUAUGCUUAAAUUUUAACAUGAAUUACUUUCAGUAAAAUCCAAUAACAUGUUUACGUUGUCUUCAUCAGUACAUUCACAUGACACUCGUGGGGCAGCUAAGGAUAAUUUCUACGGAAUAAUUUAAGGAUGGAUUUGAAGCAGUCAAUCAGACAACAUUCUUUUUCAAGGAAAAUGAAACAAUGUCUCUUAAAGGGAAUGUACAACAUUUGCUUUUGCUGCAAUUUUCAGAAAUAAAUGGAUUUGGAGGAUUAGUAUGUUAUAGAAAA